AUGAACUCUCUGGGCCAACAACCCACCGAAUCCGAACUCCGCGACAUAAUCCACGAAGUCGAUUUGGAUAACACCGGUACCAUCGAUUUCCAAGAAUUCCUAGCCCUAAUGGCCCCACGCGACCAACAAUACCGUGAUAUCGACCGCGAACUCCGCGACGCCUUCAACGUCUUCGAUAAGGACAAGACGGGAACUAUCGAUGCCACCGAACUCCGAUUGGUCAUGAAGGCUUUGGGAGAGAAUCUAACUGAUGAACAGAUUGAGGAGAUGAUUAAGGAGGCUGAUAAGGAUGGAAAUGGAACUAUUGAUUUUGAGGAGUUUAAGGCUAUUAUGCAGCUGUAG